AGGCAAAGGGGAAGGGCCUGCUUUGCGGCCUGUGACGCGAAGGGGGCGUGGCUUCCGUGUUGCGCCUGCGCGAGCCCGCGAGGGAAGGAUAGGCCGCGCGGCGCACGGGCCUUUACGUGGGCGGUGCGUGCCGUGACGCCACGGGGCGCGGGAAACGCGUCAUAAUCCCCGGACCGGCCUUAGGAAUUGCCCGGCGCGCGCGACCUGCUCUUGGCUCCUCCUCCUCCACCUCCUUUUUUUUUCUCCCCCGGGCGGAUUCCAGGGACGCGUUUUCCUCGACGAGGCCUCAGUUUUGGAAAGAAGGUUUCAUCUCUCGUGAAGAUGUCUAAUGGUUAUGAGGAUCACAUGGCUGACGACUGCAGGGACGAUAUCGGAAGGACAAACUUAAUCGUCAACUACCUUCCUCAGAACAUGACCCAGGACGAGUUACGGAGCCUGUUUAGCAGCAUAGGGGAGGUUGAAUCCGCCAAGCUUAUCCGCGACAAAGUGGCAGGACACAGCUUGGGUUAUGGUUUUGUGAAUUAUGUGACCGCGAAAGACGCCGAAAGAGCCAUAAACACGCUGAACGGCCUGAGACUCCAGUCUAAAACUAUCAAGGUGUCGUACGCUCGGCCAAGCUCUGAGGUGAUUAAGGAUGCAAACUUAUACAUAAGUGGGCUGCCACGGACAAUGACACAGAAGGACGUUGAAGACAUGUUUUCACGGUUCGGACGCAUUAUCAACUCGCGUGUACUGGUUGAUCAGACUACAGGCUUAUCCCGUGGGGUUGCUUUCAUUCGGUUCGACAAGAGAUCGGAAGCCGAGGAAGCCAUUUCAAACUUCAACGGCCACAAGCCACCGGGCUCCUCCGAACCCAUCACGGUGAAGUUCGCAGCCAACCCAAACCAGAACAAAAACGUGGCCCUCCUGUCACAGCUCUACCACUCCCCAGCUAGACGGUUUGGGGGGCCUGUCCAUCACCAGGCCCAGAGAUUCAGGUUCUCUCCCAUGGGUGUAGAUCACAUGAGUGGGCUUUCUGGUGUAAAUGUCCCAGGAAACUCCUCUUCGGGCUGGUGUAUCUUCAUCUACAACCUCGGCCAAGAUGCCGAUGAGGGAAUCCUCUGGCAGAUGUUUGGCCCCUUUGGCGCGGUGACUAAUGUGAAAGUCAUCCGUGACUUCAACACCAACAAGUGUAAAGGCUUUGGCUUUGUGACAAUGACAAACUAUGAAGACGCCGCCAUGGCCAUAGCGAGUCUUAACGGCUACCGGCUGGGGGACAAAAUCUUACAGGUUUCCUUCAAAACCAACAAGUCCCACAAAUAACUUCGCUCUCGUGGCUUUUUUUUUUUUUCUUCCCUUCCCCCUUUCUUUUUUUUUUUUUUUUUUUUUUUUUUUUUUUGUAUGGAAUAGAGAUAAUUGAGUGACGAAAAAAGUUUGAGCCUUUUUUUUUUUUUUUUUUGUUAGUGUACCACUCAUUUCCUUUUUUUUUUGCGUGCGCGCCAAUUUCCCCGAAGUUGUUUGUCAUUAGCCUCAACGAAAAGUUUGGAAAGGAAAAACAAAGGGGGUUUUUUAAUACUCUGGGAUGCCACCGACAUGUUCAAAUGUUUUUGGGUUUUUAAAAGUACCGUAAUGGUUCUUUUUUUUUUUUUUUUAAAGUUCCUUUCGAAGUAAGUCCUGUUUGCGAACUCCCCUUUGGACACCCCACCCCCCAAAAAAGUCUCAAUGGACGAACCCAUUUGCACCUGGUGCCAGUGAAACAUCUGCUCCCUUAAGAGACUGCUGUUAAUGUCACCAAAUAGUGUUUGCUAAGGCAGGGCAUCAGCCAAAAACCCAGUUAAGGCCAGUUCUCUUAGUUAAUAGCAACUUCUCCUUUUGUCAAGAAAUUUGUUGGUGAAAAAUUUAACUUAUUGGUGAAAAAUGACAAGUUUGGAGAAUAUGAAAUAUCACCCCUGGGUAACAAUUUUGACCCCUGUAGGUGAAACCAAAACACCUUUUUAAUAGUGUGUUUUCCACCCCCUUGAAAAGCCCAGAUUCCAUAAAAAGGACCAAAGAGUUUUGAGAAAACUCGGGUAAUUUCAGAGUAAAAGAAAGGAAAAAUAAAAUAAGAUACUCCGGUCCCAACAUUGCCACUUCCUCCAAAUUCUUCGUUCCAAUAAACGUGUUUUUGUGCAUUUGCCUUCUGGUAAAACAAAUGUGGCAAGAUUUAACAUUCAUCUCCUCUCACAUAUUUUUAGUUGGAAUAACCGAGUUCUUAGAAUUCUCUUGUGAAGAUCUUACAAACAUUUGAGCAUCAUAAUUUUUUUUCCUUCCCUUCUAAUAAUUACUAGGAAUUUUUUUUCAUGUUUUAAUAGUUGACUUUGUUUUGACAAAUAGCUUUACAUAUUUGAAAACGCUCAGCAGAAAGGUACAUUAAAACUUGCAAGUUUGAGAUUACAACUUUUUUUUUUUUUUUGGUAGACUUAAAUGUUUUGAUUAAUCCCCAACGUUUUCUUCAGGCUGCCUUGAAACUUUUGAGUUCUGUUUUCUGUUAAUUUUCUUUUGCUUUUUUGUGUUUUUGUUUGUUUUUACUUUUGCAUUUAAGACCAAUUAAAUUUGAUUUGGUUUUGCUGAAAUUUUGUUUUGGUUUGUUGUUUUAAUUUUUCUCCCCCCCCUCCUGACCAUGUUUCACAGGACACCGCCCCCCCAACCUGAACGAUGACUUUUCUGAAUAAGAAUCAUUUGGGGAUUUUAAAAUCAACUGACUGGUAUGAGAGCAGGAAUUAACACAUUUGCAAUCGUUUUCAACCCACACGAUGAGAGUUAAUUGGCCCAGACCAAGUUUACAGCUUAAACUGGAUAUUCCGUAACAUACACAGUUGGCUAGAUCUGUAAGAGUUGUUAUGAACCAAACCUUUGGGCGAAGAGAAACCUUUAUCUAACUCUAAAAACCCGCUUUAAAACUGUGGAAAGCUUUGGGGAUCUCUCCUGCUUACGUCGGCUGAGAGGCAGGGCUGAUCCCGUUCUGGAUCUGCGAUGUUUGCAGAAGUACCCUUCUGGCCACAUUAUCUUUCCAUCAGUGCCCACAAUCUAGAACUUGGGACACUUACUAAGACUUAAAAGUGUGUUGAAAUCUCCCCGGCGGCUGGAAUAACACGUCACACACUGUCCUUGCAGGUGAAAGGCCCACCGGUGGAAACGAUGACGGUGGGUGGCUUGCCUUCACACAGCACGGCCGUGCGUGUUGAGGGACACACAACCGUUCCUCUUUUUUGUGUGUGUGUGUUGUGUGUGCCUGGAGAUGUGGCCCAUCCGAAGACUUCUACUCACCAAGCAAAGGCACACUGUGGCUGUGGUGAAACAACACCCCCUCCCUGCCCUCCCCCCAAGACCUCGAGUCUCUUGGGCGUAGAAACGCCAUUCCGGGAUUCCGGGAAUAUCCGCUUUGCUAUCCCGCUUUCAAUUGCACCUUUUUAUUUUUUAAGAAUUAACCUGUCUUAAGGUGGAGGGAUCCGUUUUACAAGCAGGGUUAUUUGGUCCCAAGAAGAUUAUACGCGGACCUAUUUGUUUGUUUGUUUAUAUUUAUUAAACUAAAUAGAUGGUCUCUUUUUUUUUUUUGAGGUCACUGCUGUCUUAAGCUGCCCUCACGUUUCGUGUUAAGUGAUUUGUGGCAAUAAGUUCAGAAAACCUUGUUUAGAGAUGCUGCUUUUUCGUUUUGUGCUUCUUAAAUCUUCCUGGACAGCCCUGAGGUGUUGUUUUUUUCUUUUUUUAAAAAAAGUUUGGCGUGUCAGGUUUACUUAACUUGUCUUUUGCAAAGUUGGAUUCACAAAAUCCCCACCUGGCUUCUUGAGCAAGACGGGUCUUUUCAGCGGCAUCCUUUUAAACUCUCUUUCGGUCGAAUUAACAGCCUAUGAAACCUCGACAUUCCAACUGGAACUAACCUGGGAUGACCAUGUUUUAAAAUCUCUCCCCAGUCAUUGGGAGUUAACAGGCCACUGCUUCGAACUGCAGUGCAUAUUUAUUUAUUUCAGGAGAAAUAACCGCUGGCUCCUGAAAUAAAAUUUCCCCCUUUUUACAGCUUCUAUUAAUCUUUGUGAUCUUUUUCUAUUGGAUGAUUCUUGAACGUAGCGUGAGAUCUCUUCUGUUAUUUUUUUUUCCCAGUCGUAUAAAAUGCUCCCUUGGUGUUUUUUGUUUUUUAAAAAUGUCCAAAGGAGUCUUGAUUACAAAUAUGUCGAUGAAGAGUAUUAAGCAUUUCUAACCCUCGGACAGAAAGCACUUCUUUUACGGUGCCCAUUCACUUCCUUUUAUAAUUCUCCGUUCUCAUUUUAAAGGCAGCUUCCACUGCAUGGCCUUGAGGAAUUCAUUGACGGUGCAUUACAGAUGUUCAUAGAGAUCUGUUAUCUCUGUGAAUGCCAAUUGUGGGAAUAAUCUGCCUUGUCUACUGGAACUUCUUUUUGCUGUCAUGGCUAAUUUCUCUGCUCCUGGGUUAGCUGCUCAGCUAAUCAGUUACAUUGGUUUCUCCGGUUUUCAUAAUAGCAAAAUUAAGAUUUCUUCAGGCCAAUGACAACCGCUAGCAUUGGUGUCCGUUCUGCAGGUUUUUAGUAUUUCUCCAGCUCUUUGUUAUUUGGGUUCGCCAGCCUUGCAUCUCCCCUCCGUCUUGCCCCUCUGAUCGCUGCCAAAUCUUCCCUAAUCUGCUUUUCGGAGCUCCGGUUUAGCUCCAGGAGAGGUCGAGGUGGAUUCCUGCUAAGAUAACGGUAUAGGACAAGAACCCAUUGAAACAUUUUGACAGGGGAUUUAAAAGGCCACUCUUCUCGCCACGGAAAAUGUCGAAAGCAAUGAGAUCCUUAAGCGGCAAAAGCAGGAGAUCCUGUACCACUCUGGGACCAUUCUCUCUUGCUACAUUCCUUUUCAAAUUCCAAUUUUAGUUGGAUCAUGACUAAAAGAAAAAAAAAUCGAAAGGAAUUAAGUCAGUUUCUUAAGGGGCUUUUGGGUAAAAUGGGUUUGAUCGUUUUCUUUUGUCUUGAUGUUUCCCUGGUUUCCAAAAGAAAUGGAAUUUUCUAAUAAGAUUGCCUUGCUGCCUACUCUCAGCACGGAGUCUGGCUCUUUCAGCAAGCUGGGAAAAAACGGGAUAUGCCCACAGGAUGUAUAAAAUGAAAAUGGAUUAUUAUUCUUUUUGGUUAGUUCGAGGUGACGGUAAGGGAAGAAGUAAUCCUUGCUGGUAUUGGACAAUUCAUGGUACCCUACUAAGAUAUAUUCUAGGCUGGAGGCAAUCCAUGGAAAACUUAGCGUACUCCAGAGAAUUGCCAAAGUCUGCUAGGGCGGUGAACAACUCUCUGCUUCAUCCAGAUACCUUCUUUACGGUUGUGUGCCAAAAAAUCUUGACAAAGUUGGCAGGAAAAGGCUAUUUACGUGACAAACUUUUCCCCCCCAUUUAGCUGUGCAAGCCCUUUUAUAUGGAUUAGUCUUUUUUAUCCCCCACGCCCUUCUCCGUUCUUUAAAGCUUUAUCCAUAAAUGUAUAUUAUCUUCUCGAUAGGAUAGGAGUAGGCUUGAAUCUUUUUUUUAAAAAAAAAUCGGAUUGGAUUUUUAUUACACUUUUUGUGGGGAGGGAGAAAUGAUUGCCUACACAUUGCAGAAAUAAUUUUUGCUAUUUGUCAGAUGUUCCUUCACCCAAAUGUUUAAUGGAUUAUAAAAUGUGUGCUCUCCUAAGCCAGUACAAGUUUUCCCUUCCUGAGCGAAAAAGGAUGAUGGCUUUGGUCUGCCAAGUUUUACUCACAAUGAGUAAAUUUUGCAGUUCUCAUACUGACAUAUCCACUGCUUUGUGAGGCUAAAUAUCUCCCUUUGGACUAGAAGUAAAUUUGCUGAGAGUUAUGCAUUAAAUGUGGGAUUGGCAGCAAAUUUCAUGCUUGCUAUAGUUCAGGAUGUGUCCUUUCUUAAAUAGCCCCCUCCCUCCUCUCCUCUCUCUCAUAAGCUAGCCCAUCAAUUCUCAAAAGAAGCUCCUUUGCAUAUUUAUUUUUUUUAAAUGAACAAAUGCACCUUAUUUUUGUUUUCAAGAGAGUACAGUUCUACAUCCUCCCCCCAAAUUAAAUAAAUGUUCUACCAAACAUUUAGUUCUUGGCUGUGUUUCUGUGAUGACAGCUGUCUCAAAAAAACCUCAACUUAAUUCCCUUGAAGGAAUAAACUUUUUUCAAGAUAAUGCGCUUGUGGCAAAUUUAGGUCGUCAAAAAUCAAUUCUUAAAAAAAAAUUACACUUGGCGAAAUAAAAGUGUGGAGCUUUCUUCUCCCUUGCAUUUGAAAGUUCAUGGGUUUUCUGAUCUGUAUCCUAUUUCCUUUAUAUAUAUAUAUAUAUAAAUACAUAUAUAUAUUUAAGAGGGUGUUCGUUGUAAUGUACAGGUUAUAACAAUCAGUGGCUAUUUUAGUUCAAUUUUUUUAAAGUUUAAAAUCCGAUACGUUCUACUCUUUGGCUGCUUAUUUGUAGCAUUCUUGUCUAACGGAGUUUUUCCAGGUUGAGAAUAAGUUAGUUGUGUUGUUUCCCCCAGUGCAUGGUUUAAAAAUAAACAGGAAACAAAUCUCGGUGGGGACACCCAGCAUCACACAGCGACUAGCUUGUGUUGCAUCUGCUCGGAGGCAGAUUUGCUGGUAUUUUUAUGGGAGGUGGGUGGGCUUUCCUUGGGAGGGCAAGAUGGGAUUUUUUUCAAUUAUUAUUUUUUAUGUAGUGUGAACUGAAAUUUCUCUUUAUUUUUGUCAGGCGGUAGCAAAAAAAACCCAUGACAGUAUAACUGCCACCACCUCUCUCUCUCUCUCUGCUUAAUUGCGUAUUGAGUUCUGCAAACAAGUUAACUCUUCCGCAGAGUUUUGCUCUCUUGGUAUUUUUUUUGUUUUUGUCGUUCAAUUUCAAUCACUUUUCACGAGACCCAUUUCAGAAGAAAUUGAAGGGAAACGUUGAGGCACACUUUCUUUGCUCCACACUUUCUCUCUGGCAGGACCGGUGCCGUCUUACCAAGUGGGAGUUUGGCCGUAGCUUCAGUAGGAUACAAACGACAACACCCCCCCCCGCCCUCUCCCCCCCCCCGCCCUUUUAGUCUUGCUUGGCUUCCUUUUUCAACUGAUGUUUAACUUUUUCCCCCUCCCCUUUUUUCUUUUUCUUUUUUGUAAAGCCCCCCCGUCUGUGCAACGGAAGGCUUUUAUCGGUUUCCCCCCGUACUGUACAGUAUAUAUGCUUAAGAUAACUUUUUUUUGUAUAUUUAGCGUGUUUUUAAGUUAUUGAUUUUGUUUUAUAUCAAAAAUAAUUUAUUUUUCAGGUACCACUUUUUUCAUUUUAACUUUGUUUUUAACAUGGGUUUACUUUAAAUAAAGUAUGACGCUGCUA